UAAUGAGAAUGUAUGAGGGUGAGAGAGCGUUGAGAAGAGCAAAGCGCGAACGAGAGAUUUGUACAUUUGUAGCCGUUCCCUUCGAUUGUCGCCUGCAGACGUCGACUGAUAAACGUUUUCAUCUGAAACGAGAAGACAGCGGAGUAUGUCUACCAACACAGAGGGAGAAAAGUAGUCCAUAUUGCGCGCUAUUCGUAUAAGGGUGUCUGUCAAUGUGUGGGGUGGCCAGAAUUUGGGUGACUGUAACGGCUUUCCUCUUCCUCUUCUGAGGAGGAGAAGCGAGAAGGAUCGGAGGACCAAUGCGCAGCGUGUAGUGGGCCACUCCAAGGCAGACACACUCCUCCAAUGUGUCCUUGUCCAGUCCUUGUGUGAUCUGAUCUGGGACCAGUGGGAUAAAUGAGUGGCCUGGCUGAGGAUCGCAGCGUUGGCACACACCACAAAGCCUACACAGUAGGAUGUCGUGGGUCCGAGGCUUCUUCGUAGCCAAAGUGGACGAAAGAAAGACCGCGUGGGGGGAGCGCAAUGGCAGAAAGUCCAACAAGCGGAAGAACGGUUGCUCAGGGUCAUCUCUCUGCAAGCCCCGCUGCAUGAGCUGCCUGCGGGACGCUGAGGACCUGGAUCCCACCCCUCCCACCCCCCAGCACUACCACCGUGGAGGAGGGGGGUCCGGCCCCAGCGGAGGGGGUAACUUUGGGAUGCGCUGUGGCUGGCAGGAGGACCACUAUGGGAAACGGACCGGGGCGGCGGGAGACCUGGGGUUGAAGGCCGUGGAUCUGGGGUUCGAUGACGGAGACCUGACAGGGAGGAAAGGUCCAGGGGAGGAGGAUUUGGGGGAAGGAACGGGGGAGGACGGAGGAACAUGCAAUGCCUUCACAGCCGCGGAGUGCUGGAUGCGCGUCGUACGAGUGUUCCAGUCGAAGAAGUUCACGUCGGCGAAACUGGAACGUCUGUACCAGCGCUACUUCUUCAGGCUCAACCAGAGCUCUCUGACUAUGCUGAUGGGUGUCCUUGUCAUAGUCUGCGGCGUCAUGCUAGCCUUCCACUGUGUCCACGCUCCACCCGACGUAGCCUACGCCUCGGUGCUCUCCGUGGCCAUGGCCCUCUUCCUGUCCAUGAUGGUGGUGUGUAACAGGAACGGCUUCCACCAGGACUACAUGUGGAUCGUCAGCUACUUGGUGAUCGGGGUGCUGCUGGUGGUCCAGGUGUUUGGGGUGUUGAUGGUUGCCCCCCGAAGCGCUUCUGAGGGGAUCUGGUGGUCUGUGUUCUUUAUAUACAUAAUCUAUACGCUGUUGCCAGUGAGGAUGAGAGCUGCAGUGCUGAGUGGAGGGGUACUGUCUACCAUACACCUCAUCACCGCAUGGCAACUCAACCAGGAUGAUGUUUUCCUAUGGAAACAGCUGAGUGCCAACGUGUUGAUCUUCCUGUGCACCAACAUGAUAGGUAUCUGUACCCACUACCCCGCUGAGGUAUCACAGAGACAGGCCUUUCAGGAGACCAGGGGGUACAUCCAGGCUCGGCUCUACCUACAGAGAGAGAAUCAGCAACAGGAGCGUCUGUUGCUGUCGGUGCUUCCGAGGCACGUUGCCAUGGAGAUGAAGGCAGAUAUCAACGCCAAGAAGGAAGAUAUGAUGUUCCACAAGAUCUACAUCCAGAAACAUGACAACGUCAGUAUACUGUUUGCAGACAUCGAAGGAUUCACCAGCCUGGCAUCACAAUGCACCGCACAAGAGUUGGUCAUGACACUGAAUGAACUUUUCGCUCGCUUCGACAAACUAGCUUCGGAGAACCACUGUCUGAGGAUCAAGAUCCUUGGAGACUGCUACUACUGUGUGUCUGGACUGCCUGAACCCAGGGCCGACCAUGCACACUGCUGUGUGGAGAUGGGAGUGGACAUGAUAGAGGCCAUCUCGCUGGUGAGAGAGGUCACAGGGGUCAAUGUGAACAUGCGUGUGGGUAUCCAUAGCGGCCGGGUCCACUGUGGAGUGCUGGGACUCAGGAAGUGGCAGUUUGACGUAUGGUCCAACGAUGUCACUCUAGCCAAUCACAUGGAGGCAGGGGGUGCGGCAGGGCGUAUCCACAUCACCAAGGCCACCCUACAGUACCUGAAUGGGGACUAUGAGGUGGAGCCGGGGUUCGGAGGGGACAGGAACGCCUAUCUGAAGGAGAACAACAUCGAGACGUUCCUGGUGCUGGGGUGCAGCCAGAAAAGGAAAGAGGAGAAGGCAGCGAUGGCCAAGAGUGCCAUGAUGCAGCGGGUACGCGCCAACUCCACUGAGGGCCUGAUGCCACGCUGGGUACCCGACACACGCUUCUCCAGGACCAAGGACUCCAAGGUCUUCAGGCAGAUGGGUAUCGAUGAAACAUCCAGACAAGACAACCGCUGUGCCCAAGAGGCCCUGAACCCUGAGGAUGAGGUGGAUGAGUUUCUGGGCCGAGCCAUUGACGCCCGCAGCAUCGACCAACUCCGUAAAGACCACGUCAAGAAGUUCCUCCUCACCUUCCAGACUAAAGACCUGGAGAAGAAGUACUCUAAGAAGGUGGAUGAUCGUUUUGGAGGCUACGUGGCCUGUGGUCUGUUAGUCUUCUGCUUCAUUUGUUUCAUCCAGAUCAUCAUUUUCCCCCACACUCCCCUCAUGCUGGGUCUUUACAUCAGCAUCUUCAUCAUCCUCGUCAACAUCCUCUUCAUCUGUGCCAUCUACUCCUGCAUCAAGCUCUUCCCGGCUGCAUUGCAGACGCUGACUAAGAAGAUCGUCCAGUCUCGUACCAAUAGUACCCUGGUGGGGGUCCUCACCAUCAUACUCCUCUUCAUGUCUGCCUUCGUGAACAUGUUCACCUGUGACAGAGAGGGCCUGGUGGACUGUGUGGUGCGUGAACGUAACCUGUCCUCCAGUUUGGUGACUCUGUGUCUACUACACAACCUGACACAGUCGGCACAGGACGGACUGACCCUGUGCCCCAGCCAGCCCAUGCCAUGCCACUUCCCUGAGUAUUUCUGCUACAGUGUUCUCCUGACCCUGCUGGCCUGCAGUGUGUUCCUCCACAUCAGCAGUAUAGGCAAGCUGGCCCUUAUGGUGCUGAUCCAGGUCACCUUCCUGCUGCUGGUGGAGUGGCCCCAGGUGGCCCUGUUCGACAACGCAGACCUGCUGCUCACCGCCAACACCCUCUCUUUCACACCUUUGAAUGACUCUCUAGAUUGGUUUCCUAGUUUCAAUGAAACAGUUACAGAGAUGUGCCAGGAGAGUGUGACCAAGGUGUCUCUCAAGGUCAUGACCCCUGUCAUCCUGACGGUGUUCGUCCUGGCUCUGUACCUACACGCUCAGCAGGUUGAGUCCACUGCACGCCUCGACUUCCUGUGGAAGCUGCAGGCUACAGAGGAGAAAGAGGAGAUGGAGGAGCUUCAGGCCUACAACCGCCGCCUCCUCCACAACAUCCUGCCUAAAGACGUGGCCGCACACUUCCUGGCGCGGGAGCGGCGUAACGACGAGCUCUACUACCAGUCCUGUGAGUGUGUGGCCGUCAUGUUCGCCUCCAUCUCCAACUUCUCUGAGUUCUACGUGGAGUUGGAGGCCAACAACGAGGGAGUGGAGUGUCUCAGGCUACUUAACGAGAUCAUCGCCGACUUUGACGAGAUCAUCAGUGAGGACAACUUCCGUCAACUGGAAAAGAUAAAGACCAUCGGUAGUACCUACAUGGCUGCUUCUGGCCUCAACGACUCUACCUACGACCGUGAGGGACGAUCACACAUCCUGGCUCUGGCAGACUACGCUAUGAGACUCAGGGAACAGAUGAAGUACAUCAACGAACACUCCUUCAAUAACUUCCAGAUGAAGAUAGGUCUCAACAUGGGUCCGGUGGUGGCAGGGGUGAUUGGGGCCAAGAAGCCCCAGUAUGACAUCUGGGGGAACACUGUCAACGUGGCCAGUCGUAUGGACAGCACAGGAGUCCCAGACUGCAUACAGGUGACCACAGACCUGUACCAUGUCCUGGUAAACAAAGGCUACCAGCUGGACCACAGAGGCCUGGUCAAGGUGAAGGGGAAAGGAGAGAUGACCACCUACUUCCUGACCAGCGGUCCCAAUGGUACCAAGGGGAGUUAACGGAUGGCCACGGAACUACCGCUGGCUGCUAAUACAUGAAGAGGAGAGAGAUGGAGAGGGAGAGAGAGCGGGAGAGGGGGGAGUGAGUGUGUAAGAAAAGAGAGCGAGAGGAGGGAGAGAGAUGAGAAAAAAGGGAACAGUUCAAAGCCCUGAAGGAAGUGUGUGUGUGUGUGUGUGUGUGUGUGUGUGUGUGUGUGUGUGUGUGUGUGUGUGUGUGUGUGUGUGUGUGUGUGUGUGUGUGUGUGUGUGUGUGUGUGUGUGUGUGUGUGUGUGUGUGUGUGUGUGUGUGUGUGUGUGUGUGUGUGUGCAAUCAUGUAUUCUUAUACACACUACUUUAGGUUUGGGUCUCAAAUGGCUCCCUGUAUAGGCCUUAGGGCCCUGGUUAAAAUUAGUGCACUGUAUAGGGAAUACGGUGCCAAAUGUGACGCAAACCAGGUAUUUUUUUCUCACUUCAAGGCUUUUGACACGAAGCUACUUGAAAGAUAUAAUGAGCGAAUUAUAGUGAAGACCUAUUGCCUUAGAAGGAAAAUACUGAACAAAAGGCUAUAUUUGUUUUGUUGUGAGCUACACAACAAAUACUUCACAUCCGGAGCUAUUAUUUAUUUUUCACUGAAAUGGAUGAAUUUUUUUGUUGUCAUGAUGACCUUGUAACAAAAGCUACAUAUGUAUUAUAUGAAAUAUUCAAGGAUGAGAAGGAUGACAAUGACCAAAGAACAAAUGUUUUAUUAUGAGGGACUGACUCUACACACAUCAACCUAUUUCUGUUUGAAAUGACUGCAGAAGGAUCAACUGAAAUGACUGCAGAAGGAUCAACUGAAAUGACUGCGGAUCGAACAACCGCAAACCUGUUGUUUUUUCAGCUUUUUCUUUCUUAGUCACUUUUGACAACAAGGGCCACGGAAAACAACGCCAUUGUCUUUGAUAGUGGCGAAUACAUUAUUGUUUUUGACUUUGAUAUGCUUGCUAAUACGUAAAGAGAGCUGAGAAAUCUUGUAUUUGAUUGUGCACUGUGAACGAAGACAGACCACACACACGCAGAGCAGCCUUGGACUGGAUUUCUGUGUUCCUUUCAGGGCCUCUAUUGUGUGCAGGCUAAUUCUAAUCCACAUAAGGGUGUGGUUUCUCUUUCCUAUGUAUCAUCAAUGACAUUCCCUCUCUAGAUGUAUUUUUUUUUUGGUACAAGCCAAAACAGAAACUUUAGUGACGGACAAACAAACAACUGCAUCGCUACCAUGGUACCGGAGUGAGUGUUUUCAUUGCUGUGAGAUGUUUUAUAUGAAAUAAGUGUGUGCGUGUGAGGCUAAGUGUAUGCUGUUCUUUAUCUUUAAAGGGGCAUAAUUUUUCACUGUGAGGUUUUUAAAGAUUCUGUAUGACAAGUGGGUUUGCAUCCCAAAUGGCACCCUAGUCCCUAUGUAGUGCACUACUUUUGUAGGGCCCUGGUCAAAGGUAGUGCACUACAUAGGGAAUAGGGUGCCAUUUUAGACGCACACGUGCCAAAUUGAUGCUGCAAGGCUUACGCGUGUAGUUUUUAUAUAUUAUACUUUUGGAGUUGUGUGUUCAUUCCUGAUUUUAUGUUUGUUGAUUUUAUUUAAAUCACCUUUACUUCAUGCCUUUUAUUUUACUGUGAAUAUGAUCACAAUUCCAUUCCAACCAUUAAUGUCUAAAAACCCACAAAUUGAUUUUGGAUUGUGUUUAAAGGAGGUGCUUAUCCACACACGGUGGGCCUAUAGCCUACAGUACAACAUGCACAGGAGAAUACACAAAAGUUAUCUGGUUGAACACUAGCUGUUAACUUGAAAUAAGAGGUACAUAUAAUGGCAGUAUCUGUACUCCAUAGUAUUUGACACCAUUCGAUAGUAUUGGUAUUUGGCACAUAGAUGCAUGCUCUUUACCCCCCAAAGGAGUAGUUGAAACUCAUCUUAUGAAUGUACAAAAUAUACUGUAUGUCUAUGGUGAAACUACUACUUAUUAUUAUUUUUGUGGUACAAACAUCAUCUGGCUUGUAUUGAAAGAAAUGACCAGAAAACUAGUUUUAAUGGUGCCAAUACAGGCUCCCAGAUCAGGACAGGGACGUGGAAAGAGCUACUUCUGUAUUAUGUGAAGUACUAUUGCUGUUGAAUAGAAAUGAAGGUUUAUGUCCCUUGAUCCCACUUAUCCCCCCAAUACUGAGGCUCACUGUACUGAACCAGGGAGUAGGUUACAGUAUGUAGGCCCUACCGUGGUGACUUGUGGUCUCUGGCUAUCUAUCUUCUUCCAUCGACCUAUGUCAUGUUCAUUAGGAACGGAAGAAAAUAAGUGAAACAGGGAGGUACUACAGUACCUGAACUUGUCAAAUAAGAAAUGGCUUGUUUAGGUUUUUCGUGGGUAAAACGGGUUCCUAUUGUGAACACGAGCCUAAUGAACAUGACUGAGCCUGCUGAUCCUGUGUGUAGGAAGGAAUGGAUCUCUGAUUCAAGUUGUUUUGUUCCCCCCUUUUUUUUCGUUUUUUUCAUCCUUUUUCCCAUUAGUUUCUUACUGUAUUUGAGUUGAAAGGCCAACAAAAUACUGUUUGUUUUUCCAUUCCAAAAAUAACAAUAUAGCAGAAUUGAAGAAAUUAAAUGGUUUGAUUUCCCCUUAAAAGGAAAUCAAUACAAUACUGUUUUGUGUUAUUGGUGAUCAUUUAUUUAUUAUAAUGUUACUAUUCAGUGUCUUCCCCUAAUCAAUGUGCAAUCUAGGCCUGUGUUUUUUUUCUGCUGUUUCAUUGCAAUGCACAUUUUAUUAAAAUAAUACGUUGGAUA